AUGGUUCCAACACCAAAAGUCUGGCCCUUGUCACAGCCAACUGCUCGUCCUUCACCACGAAUUUUACUUUCAGCGGUAUCCUCAGAACUUGUCAACUUGCGCCAUUCUUGGGAGAGAAUGAUGACCCGGCCAGCUGAUGAGACCGAGGCAACAGUCAUCCUCGCUAAAGCAAAUGCGAUUGACAUCAAACUUGUUUCGUGGACGUACGCGGUUCCCCAACACUGGGUGCCGAUAGCAGCUACCGUAAUUCCACAAUCUGUGCGAAAUGCCGGGCUUUGGAGAAAUCGCUGUGAUUGCUAUACAGAUUUGUGGAUUGCGGCUACCUGGAAUACUUUCCGUGACUGUCGCAUUCUAUUACAGAGCAUAGUGCUUAGCUGUCUGCGUAUCUUGUCUUCCCAGGAUCCGGACGGUCGUAGGAUUGCUGCAGUCGAGUCUACCAUUCGCAAAAUUGCGGACGAUAUCUGCGCAUCAGCUCCAUUUUUUCUUGGGAGUCAGAUUGAAUCUAUUCGUAUGAAGUUCGGGCUUGUCGAGUAUCCCUUCGCGGAGACACGACCGGUAACUCUGACUCAUCAGCAAUCUGCUCCUUUAAUGGGUCCAUGGCACAUGUUUCCAUUUCUGAGGAAUCUCCAGAGUGCUGAAAUAGGAUUACCUCCUGAUCAGCUAGCCUGGGUGACCCAGCAGAUGGAAAGAAUUUUGGUCAUAUAUUUCCAAAGGUGA